AAAGCAAGCCUCCUCUUCAGAUCAGUUCACCGUGGACCUCCAAAGCUUGGCAUCAGAGGCACGAGCAAAGGCAACAAAUGGGCAUCAGACAAGAAGAAGAAGAUCCUCUGUUAGUGUCAGGCGCCGAACAACAACAACAAGAGCAAGAUCGUCAUGAAGAAGAGAAUGCAGGGAGUGUGGUGAGACAAACGUUGUUGGAGUCGAAGAAGAUGUGGGUAAUUGCGGGGCCCUCCAUCUUGAGUAGGCUCGCCAUGUUCUCCAUGACUGUCAUAACCCAGGCAUUCGCCGGCCACCUAAGUGACCUCGACCUCGCUGCCAUCUCCAUCUCCUCCACCGUCAUCAUCGCAAUCACUUUUGGUUUCUUGCUGGGCAUGGCGAGCGCGCUCGAGACGCUCUGUGGCCAAGCUUUCGGAGCCAAACAAUACCACAUGUUGGGCAUUUACCUGCAACGUUCUUGGAUUGUUCUGUUUCUUUUUUCGGUUCUGUUAUUGCCCAUGUUCGUUUUUGCUUCGCCCAUACUAAAGCUUCUCGGCCAGUCCAAUGCUUUGGCGGAGCAGUCAGGUGUGGUGGCAUUGUGGCUGAUCCCGAUGCACCUGAGCUUCCCAUUUCAGUUCACAUUGCAGAGGUUCUUGCAAAGCCAGCUGAAGACUGCGGUUAUUGCUUGGAUCUCAGUGGGAGCUCUUGCAGUCCACGUGUUUGUGAGUUGGUUUUUUGUUUAUAAGCUGGGGGUGGGGAUUGUUGGGGCUGCUCUCACUCUUGAUUUCUCGUGGUGGCUGUCCGUUUUUGGACUUUAUGGGUACGCUGUUUGUGGUGGGUGUCCUCAUUCGUGGACUGGGUUUUCAGCUCAAGCGUUUGCUGGGCUCUGGGAGUUUUCUAAGCUCUCUGUGGCUUCUGGGGUUAUGCUCGCGUUGGAGAAUUUCUAUUACAGGGUAUUGAUUAUAGUGUCUGGGUAUUUAAACAAAACUGAGGUUGCAGUUGAUGCACUUUCCAUCUGGUUAGUUCCAAAUUCCUACACCCAUGACUAUCUUUGGCUGGGAAUCUAUGAUUCCUCUUGGAUUUCUGGCUGCAACUGGGUAUGUUACUGGUUCGUACGUGUAGCAAACGAGCUUGGUGCAGGCAAUGCAAAAGGUGCAAAGUUUGCAACCAAAAUCUCAGUGUUGACCUCCUUGGUUGUCGGACUUCUGUUUUGGUCAAUAACCAUAGCCUUCCAUGAGAAGCUUGCGAUGAUCUUUACCUCCACAACUUCUGUUAUUGCAAUGGUCAAUAAAUUAGCAGUCUUGUUGGCAUUCACUAUUCUUCUAAAUUGCAUUCAACCAGUUCUUUCGGGGGUAGCUGUUGGAUCUGGUUGGCAAGCAGUGGUGGCUUUUGUAAACUUAGGUAGCUACUACUUAGUUGGGGUCCCUCUUGGGGUUUUCUUGGGCUGGUUCCUGCCUUUCGGAAUUACGGGCAUCUGGUGUGGAAUGAUUGGCGGAACUGUGGUUCAGACAUUGAUAUUAACUAUCAUCACUGUCAAAUGUGAAUGGGAAAAAGAGGCACAAAAAGCUCAUAUUCAUAUAAGAGAGGAGCAGCUUCCAACCACUAAUCUCAGCUCAACAAAUCCAUAAUUUAUGUGGCAAGGAGAUGUUUUUCUAUUCAAAGUUCAUAACACUGGACAAAUGGCUUAGGAGGGCAUGAUACCAUGGGAUGAGUAUUUAAUGAAUGUGCGACUGUUAUUGCGAGAGCAGUUCUUUCACUGUGCAUAUGCAGGAUCAGGUUACUGGCUGCUCUGAUUUCUUACUAUGGCGAUGACACCAAGCCGCUGCAUGUUUGAACUUGAUAAAUCAUAUAAUUUCAUAUAUUUUAAGGUCAGAUUCCUGUCAAAAUUUGGUAGUGGUAUUUUUAGAUUGUUCUUAAAUGAUUUGUAUAAAUGGUUUUUGGUUUUAAAUCUUAUUCUUGUUGUCCUUUGAUCA